AUGUGGGCAACAUCAGUUGAGACCCUCGCCGUUCCAUAUCAGCCAAGUACUUGGUACGUAUGCAAGAUCUGCACGUUUGCACAAAGACGAGUUGGCAUGUGCCCAUCACCCCUGAGUGUCCUGGAUUCGAGACCCAAGGGCGCACAAGAGGGCCAGAAGUUAUUAGCUCUAGCUGACUACAGCGGAUCUAAGUAG